ACAAAUCCGAUUUCCGGACCUUAGAUUGAUCAAUUUUCAGAAUCUGAUCAGGUCCGUUUCGGGUUUAGACCGGCAAACACCCCUGUCGGACUACGCCACAGUGGAGGCACGUUCAUCGGUUAACACUUGCCAGUUUUCACCGAAAAAAUCAGCUAGGCAAGCAGACUCAAGUGCAACGAUUUCUUCUGUAGGAGACUUGAAGAAGAAAAGGAAGGGGUGAGAGAAAUCAAUCAAAUUUAUGAACAAAAAUGGAAAAUCGUGAAGAUUUGAUAUCAAUUCUUCCAUGUCUCCCAUUGAAGCUUGAAUCAUCCCAUCUAGCAUGGCCAAACCCAGUAAUUGAAGCCCUGAAAUCGCUUUCUAAAGGUCCAAGUCAUAGCCGGGUUGACUCAGGAGAAGUUCUGUUCCUCGCUAUUUCUGAUCUUAGGAACUCUCUUUCUCUCUCACCUCACCUUCUGGCUCCCUCUACUGCUGAUGGCUAUGCCCUCUUCUUCGACGAGUUUUUGACAAGGGCUGAAGCAGCAAAAUGGUUUGGGGAAGUAAUCCCUGUGAUGGCUGAAUUGUUACUAAGAUUUCCUACACUUUUAGAAUCUCACUAUCAGUAUGCAGACAUAAUUAUGGUUGGAGUUGAUACUGGUCUACGCUUACUGAAACCACAACAACCAGGCAUUGUUCUCCUCAGCCAGGAGCUUAUCGCCGCUCUGAUAGCAUGCUCCUUCUUUUGCUUGUUUCCAACUGCCAAUAGAGGUGCCAAUCAUCUACCAGUGAUCAACUUUGAUAGAUUAUUUGCGAUGUUGUAUGAAAACUACCAUGAAAAUCAAGAGCAUAAAAUCAAGUGCAUCGUACAUUAUUUUGAGAGAAUACAUUCAUGUAUACCAACGGGAUUUGUUUCAUUUGAAAGGAAAGUUCUUCCUCUGGAUCAUAAUUCACCUCUUGUUUCUUAUCCCACUGCUGGUUUCUGGGCCAACUCUAUAGUUCCCCUCUGCCUGUUUGAGAUCUGCCCUUCAGGCUUGAUUGAAGACCAGUCUAGAGGGGCUCUGGAAGUUGAUUUCGCAAACAAGUAUCUUGGUGGUGGGGCUCUGUCUAAGGGUUGUGUUCAGGAGGAGAUCCGUUUCAUGAUCAAUCCUGAACUGAUUGCUGGCAUACUUUUUUUGCCUUCCAUGUCAGACAAUGAGGCGAUAGAAAUUGUUGGCGCAGAACGCUUCUCAAACUACUCAGGAUAUGCCUCUACGUUUCGUUAUGCUGGAAACCAUGUAGACUUGAGAGAAGUUGAUUCUCUGGGAAGACGUACAACAAAAAUUGUUGCGGUAGAUGCAUUGUCCCGCCCAGGAUUGAGACAAUACAGAGUUGACUACCUCUUGAGAGAGGUUAACAAGGCAUUCUGUGGCUUUCUGGAUCAACCUAAAGAUCAGCAGUUUCAGAUCCCGUUGCAAUGUUCCAGUUCUCGCGAAGUUCAGCCUGGUAGUGAUCCUAUGGAUGUCAACAACUCUGAAAGUCAAGCAACAGACUGUGGGAUCUUUCCAGACACUGAUGGAUCAAAAGCGACUCAGAGUAUGGACUUUAAGCUGCAAAUGUGUCAUAGUGAUGUUGGGAUUGCUACUGGAAACUGGGGUUGUGGUGCUUUUGGUGGAGAUCCUCAAGUAAAGACAGUUAUACAGUGGCUAGCUGCAUCUCAGGCCUUAAGACCUUUUGUUUUAUAUUACACAUUUGAAAUGGAGGCUUUGCGAAAUUUGGAUCAGGUACGUAGUUGGAUUAUGUCCCAUAAUUGGACCGUUGGAGACCUUUGGAACAUGUUGGCAGAUUAUUCUUACAGACGCGCAAAGGGAGAGACAAAGCUGGGUUUCUUUUCUUGGCUGCUUCCAUCAUUCUACCUUACCGGUGAAUAGUGUUGAUACCAGAUUAAUUUCCUGUCAUAUGUUAAAUUCCAAUGGUCAUUUGUUUUCUUUCUCACUUGUAAAUACAACCACAGUUUGAUUUUAGGCUCUGAGUCUGCAGUAAUUUGUUUAAAAAAUUAACUCUGUUUGCUGAGCAUCUACGCUUCAUUAAUUCAGCCACAGUUUGGAUGUAAACAGAGUGUCUACAGUAUUUCAUCAGUGAUCCUUGCCAAUUGUAGAUUGAGAGGAAGUGCAGAAUGUUGCUGGGA